ACCGUUAAACAUUUUGCCAGAGAUGGGACUACAACAGUCGAGAUUAAAUAAUGCGCUCCAAAUACGAACUGGAGACCAGAGGGAAUCUUCGACCGAUUCCAAUGUUUAUGUUAUCCUACAUGACACUUCGGAAACAAAAAGCGAGAUGAUUCUUCUUGACAACUGGUGCAGAAAUGAUUUUAAAAUCGGGGCCCUCGACACGUUUAAUAUUAAACUUCCGGAUUCGUUCACAGAAGUGAGUAAAAUCGAAAUCUGGACGGAGCCUUGUUCAAUCGAAUUAACAUCUUCGAACUGGUAUAUAGACACGAUUAAAUUUGUGCGCCGUUUUAAAGGAGAAAGUGUAAUGUUUCCAGUUUUCCGAUGGAUUAAACCAAAGCACCAUUAUUAUAUUUACCCGUGGGAUACAUUUUUGCCUCAGAACGAUCCAGAUGAAAAGCAACGGGAAGGCGAAAUUGACUACAAACGGGAGAUUUACCAGAUCAAAUACGCAGAAGGUGCUCCUAUUUUGUGUGAGUCUCUGCCGAUCGACGAAGAAUUCUCUGCAAAAUACAUGUGGAACAUGUUAACGAACAAACUGGAUGUGAUUCUGAGGGGAAUAUAUACCAGAAUUAUUACAGACUCCUGGAAGACAUUGGAUGAUUUAACCAAUGUUUAUCAAGAAGAAAAACUUACGGAACCCGAGUCUGUUAAAUUCUGGAGGGAAGAUACAUGGUUUGGAUAUCAACGUCUAAAUGGUUGCAAUCCCACAGUAAUUACCCUCUGUGAAGAAAUACCAUCCAAACUUGGUGUGGAUGAUGAGGUUCUGAAACCGGUCCUGAAAGGAGAAACGCUGGAAGAUUUGAUCAAGAAAAAACGACUAUUUUAUACAGAUUUGGAUAUUUUGGAAGGUAUUACACAUAGAGAAGAUUUAGAUAUGUGUGUUCCAAUUGCGUUAUUUAUGCUGAAUUCCAAAGACGAUUUGGUGCCAAUUGCCAUACAGCUGCAGCAGCAAAAGGGACCAGAUAAUCCUAUAUUUCUUCCUACGGACGAUCAUUACGUUUGGACUCUUGCUAAAAUGUGGUAUAAUCUGGCUGAUUCCAGUUUCCACCAGUCUCUUGUGCACUUGGGCUUGACUCAUUUAUUAAUGGAAGGGGUUAUUCUUGCCAUGCACAGAAAUAUAUCCGUGUCUCAUCCUCUCUACAAGCUAUUGGCACCUCACACACUAUUCCUUUUGGCAAUCAACAGUCGAGGAUUCAAAAAGCUGGUGUCACCUGGCGGCUGGGUUGACAAGACGAUGACCAUUGGAAUAGACGGAAUGUUUCAACUGAUAUAUAAAGGUGUACAACUUUGGGAUUUUUCAAUCGAUGGAAAUCUUCCAAAAGAAUUUGCCAGAAGAAAGGUUGAUGACCCGAACGUGUUACCCAAAUACUAUUUCAGAGACGAUUCUCUGACCUUGUAUAAUUGUAUACUGAAGUAUGUAUCCAGCUAUAUAGAUGUCUACUACGGAGCUGACAAAGAUGUUGUCGAAGAUUGGGAAUUACAAAACUGGGCUGAAUGUAUCUCAAAGGAGCCCAAACCCGAAGACGGUGGCAUCGGUAUAAAGGGCUUGCCAAUGAAGGAUGGCAAAGGUCAUAUGCCUUCAAAAGAACAAUUAAAAUUGUUUAUAACUACUGUCCUCUUUACCUGUAGUGUGUCACAUGCACACGCCAACUUCCUUCAGUAUGAAGAAUAUGCAUUUCCUGCAAAUUAUCCAUCAAUGAUAAGGACUCCGUUGUUAAAAGACAAAAAUCCACGAAAAGAGGAAGAUCUCAUGGCAGCCCUGCCCGACAAAGCUACGACUUUAGAUGUUAUGGCAAUCACAAACCUACUGAGUGCUAAGACAACCAAAUCUUUAGGGGAUUUUGAAACACAAUAUAUCUAUGAUCCGAAAGCUCUUGUAUGUGUCAAAGAAUUCCAGAUGAACCUGAAAGCUAUCAGUGACAAAAUCAGAAAAAGGAAUAAGACCCUGGAAAAGGCUUACAAUGUUUUAGACCCUGUCAACAUUCCUAAUGCUAUUAGUAUUUGAAAUACAGCAUAUACCAUACACAUACACACACACAUAUAUACAUACAUACAUACAUAGUUUAAGAUGUGGAUUCAGAGAAUCGUGUAGUAAUCACGAAACGGCUGUUAUCCGAAGCGAGCGUAUCAAGUGGUUAAAUAUAUUCACGUCUCA